AUGGCUCCUACAAAGCAGGAACUCUCCCUGCUUAUCAAUCCCCUGGUCCCAGAAGCAGUCCAGCAUAACAACAGGGUAAGCCCAUACCUACUCAUCACAGCACCAGUUCAAAUUCCACGAGCCAGCAAACUGACGCAAACCACCCGACAGGUCCUCUCCUCUCUACACAGCCUAACAGCCUUCCUCCUCGGCCUCUCAGCCGGCAUCCUCGCCCUGCAAUCUGCUACCGGCUUCGCCUUCUACUUCCUCGGUACGGUACUGGUUAGCGGCCUCUUCCACCUCGCCCUCAUCCAGCGGUCCUCUGGUGCGGGCGCGGGCGCCUUCUUCCCUGGUAGCAACGGGGGCGAGAUUGAGGGGAUGGUUGAUAUGGGGAAGGACGGCGUUGUGCGGAUGGAUCUUGCUGAGCGAAGUAAGAAGCGUGGUGGAUUUGUUCUGAGGAGGGGCGCUUGGAGGGAUGUUUGGUUUGGCGGUGGUGUGCUUAGUGAGGCGCUGAGCGGGUUUGUGCUUGGAUGGGCUGGUGUUGGCGGUGUUUUGAGGUGA